AUGAUAAUAGAGAUUUCUCUGUAUAUAUCAAGCUUCAUAUUGGUGAUACUGUAAUUAUAAAAGAAGAAGGAGAUGAAUCAUAUACAGUUAUCAGAACAAUUUUUAUACACAAGUAUAAUGACGGACUUGUCUAUGCCUUUGUUUGA